AUGUCUACUUCUUUGCGCAAUCCCAAAGACUCGAUGAAGUCCACCUGGAAUCAACAGGAUCGGGGCCAGUGGACCACGGCGCACUGGAUGCUCAAGUUGCUGGGCCUUGACUCUCCCUCCUCGGAUAAGGACAAGAGUACUCCCGUUCAUGAGAAGUCAGACAAGGUACCAUAUGCUCCAGAAUUGCAGUUCCAUAUAUGGGUUCUUAUCCACGCCUUGGUUCCGCUUUCGAUUCACUAUGCCUAUAUCGCCUACUUUGGUCGGAAUAUGUCUGCGUUCGGCGCCUUUUUCUUCUACAGCUUCGCCUUUAAGGCAAUUGCCAUCCACCAGCUCCAUGUUCUUCGCCGUCUGGGCAACGUAUACGGUUUCUUUGACGGUGACAAGCACGAGCGGGACGGUGUUCCUGAUAUUGGGGUUAGGAAAGUUGUCAACUCCCUUCUUUCUGUUGCCACAUUUCGCCCGAUGAUGACAGUAUUUGUGGCUUAUCAGAUUAAUGAAGGCCCGACAACAAUCAACUGGCUAUGGCUACCACUCACAAUUGGCAUAUACGGCCUGAUUCUUGAUUUUUGGUUUUACUGGUAUCACCGUAUUAUGCACGAUACAGAUAGUCUCUGGCAGUAUCACCGAACCCACCAUCUGACCAAGCACCCAAAUCCCUUGCUGACGAUAUACGCGGACUCGGUACAAGAAGUGUUCGAUAUUGUUGGAAUUCCAAUGAUGGCAUACAUCAGCAUGAAGCUCGUAGGCUUUCCUUUCAGCUUCUACGAUUGGUGGAUCAGCCAGCAGUACGUUGUUUUCACGGAGAUUCUAGGUCACAGCGGCCUCCGUAUGGAGGCCACUUCUGUAUCAACCCUGAACUGGCUGUGGAGGUUCCUAGAUGCAGAGCUUGUUAUCGAGGACCAUGAUCUUCACCACCGCAAAGGUUGGAGGAAGAGCCAUAAUUAUGGCAAGCAGACUCGGGUUUGGGACCGGCUUUUUGGAACCUGUCACCCUCGUAUCGAGGGCCAUAAAGACAACAUUGACUAUGUCAACACGGUGACUCUCCCGCUCAUUUGA